CCUGCAUCAGAGCUGAAGAAAGACCAGAUGGUGCCGAAAGAGGAGAAUCAAGAACUGAAUGAAACAGAAGAGAAAGAUCAAAAUGAGAAACAUCAUGACUUUAUGACCUCUCAAAAAAGUGCUCCGGAGACUGGAACUAGAGGUAGUUUCACCUGCCAGCAGUGUGGAAAGUGUUACAAUCAGAAAGGAAACCUUAAAGUUCACAUGAGAGUUCACACUGGAGAGAAGCCUUUCACCUGCCAACAGUGUGGAAGAAGUUUCCUACGAAAAGAAAGUCUGAAGUCUCAUAUUAGAAUUCACACUGGAGAGAAGCCUUUCACCUGCCAGCAGUGUGGAAAGUGUUACAAUCAGAAAGGAAACCUUAAAGUUCACAUGAGAGUUCACACUGGAGAGAAGCCUUUCACCUGCCAACAGUGUGGAAGAAGUUUCCUACGAAAAGAAAGUCUGAAGUCUCAUAUUAGAAUUCACACUGGAGAGAAGCCGUUCACAUGUGAUAAGUGUGGAAAGAGUUUCUCACAUAAAGGACCCCUUCAUACUCACAUGAUUGUUCACGCUGGAGAGAAACCUUUCACCUGCAAACUGUGUGGGAUAAUGCUUAAUCGAAAAGGAAAUCUGAAGACUCACAUGAGAAUUCACACUGGAGAGAGGCCGUUCACAUGUGAUCGGUGUGGAAAGAGUUUCACACGUAACGAAAGCCUUAAUUACCACAUGGGGAUUCACUUAAGAGAGAACGGUUUUAUAUGCCAUCACUGUGGAAUAAGCUGCACAAAUAAAGCAAACCUCAAGACUCACAUGAAAGUUCACACUGGAGAGAAGCCUUACACGUGUCUUCAGUGUGAGAAGGGUUUCAAAUAUCAAAAAGAUCUGAAAAGGCAUUUACAAACUCAUUCUGCCAAGAAACUGCAGUGCUCUGAGUGUGGCAAGAGGUUUAGAAAAAGUAGCAAUUUCAAAAAUCACCUUUGCCUUCAAUCUGGUGAAAGUAGGGUAGCCGUGGAUCCUUGAAAAGCCUGCAAAAGCAUUAAAUCCACUUUCAACAAGUCCAUAAAAAGUCUCAGAUAACAUAAAUAAAUAGUCUUAAAACCCUUUUGCUGAGGUUUCAAUUUUUUGGAGCCCAAACAGAAGAGAGACUUGAAAAGGCAAACGUAUUUUUGAUUAGCUGCAGAUUGUCAUGGUCACUUAUUUACAUGCUAACAAAGAUGCUAGAUUUGGGGUGUUUAGGUGGACAAGAAGUAACUGUGAAAUGUAAAUUUAG